CCUAUCCUUGUCCCCACAGUGAGCGCCGGCCUCUUGGAGAACUGCACGGGCUGCGUCCUGUGCUCGGAGGAGAACGGCUGCAUCACCUGCCACCACCGGCUCUUCCUGCUCAUCUGGAGGGACGGCAUCCGCCAGUACGGGGUGUGCGUCCACACCUGCCCCCCCGGCUACUUCGGCGUGCGGGGUCUGGAGGUCAACAGAUGCACAAAGUGCAGGUCGCCCAGCUGCGAGAGCUGCUUCAGCAAAGACUUCUGCAUGAAAUGCAAGGAGAAGUUCUACCUGCACAAAGGCCAAUGCUUCCGGCAGUGCCCCCCCAGCACCGCGGCUCAGCCCGGCACCCGCGAGUGCCAAGAAACAUGCGAGCCGGGGCCCUGGAGCGAGUGGAGCGCCUGCACUCACGAGGGCCGGAGCUGCGGCUGCAAAUGGGGUCUGGAGACGCGGGUGCGCGAGGUGCCGGGCUCCCCACGGGAGGAGGGGGCUGCGUGCCCCGCGCUGCUGGAGAGCCGCAGGUGCCGCCUGAGAAAGCACUGCCCGGGAGAGAAAACCAAACUCAGAAACAAAGGCAAAAAGCGGCAGAAGAAGCAGAGGACAGAGCAGGACGCGGGCACCUAG